AUGCAGAAACCACUGGAAGAACAUUGGGUAGCAGCCUUGCGUGUGGUCCAGUAUUUAAAAGGCUGUCCAGAUCAGGGGAUCAUCCUCUCAUCUACGGCUGACUUAACCCUUACGGCAUACUGCGAUUCUGAUUGGUCUGCUUGCCCGUUGACCAGACGAUCCCUGUCGGCAUAUAUCGUUCAACUCGGUGAUUCAUUGGUCAGCUCAGGCUUAAACCUCAAAGUUGAUCAUACGUAUCGACGUGCCCAUACCGGUGGAACUGGCGGUGUAAAGAGCUGCACAAACUAUUCUCCAGUUGUGAAAUCGUUGCGUGAAGCAAAGUCAGCGGGUUUCUCGGAUGUUUUGUUUCUGGAUGCAGCAACUGGCAGAAACAUCGAAGAGGUUUCUACUUGUAACAUCUUCGUUGUCAAGGAAAAUAUUCUGUCUACUCCACCAAUUUCAGGAACCAUUUUACCAGGAAUAACAAGGAAGAGCAUAAGCGAACUUGCCCCUGAUAUUGGCUACCAGGUUCAAGAACGUGAUGUUUCUGUGGAUGAGCUAUUAGAGGCGGAAGAAGUAUUCUGUACAGGAACUGCAGUGGUCGUUAGAGCUGUUGAAAGUGUGACCUUUUAUGAGACAAAGUGA